AUGUCAAAUCCGCCUUCACCACCUCGCCAACCACCAACAUCUACUCAGCCUGAGAUCGUGAGCUCUGCGCCUGGCGAACCUUUGACCUCUGCGCCCGUUGUACCUUUCACUUCGGCGUUUUCGUUUCCGCCAUCAAUUCCUCCGUCAUACGGACCGCCUGCUGGAGCACCCCUUGGACCAUCGCCUUAUGCGAGCAACUACCCAUAUCCUACGACAUACCCUACGCAGCCUGGACUAUAUCAAGGGGCCGCACCCGUCGUUACGGGAGGGUACGGUGCCUCUGCAGUUCCUGCACCUCUGGGAGUGAGCUCUGCUGCAGGACCAGCGGGGUCCACGUUAGCUCGUCCAGCGCGCAAGUCUAAAGCGCACGUCGCAUCUGCGUGCAUCAACUGCAAGCGAGCUCAUUUAAGCUGCGACGUGCAGCGCCCUUGCGCAAGGUGUGUAGCCUCUGGCAAGCAGCACAAGAAACGCGGCCGUCCAAGGCUACGCGAGGAAGGCGAAUUCAAUGUUGAACAGAUGGUACGAGAGCCCGCAGCAGGAUCGUCUGCACAAGCACAGGCUGAGGCUUCAGCUUCGAGACCGAUCACCGGAACUAAGCAUCGUCGGACGGAAUCCCUGCGUUCGUUGCGGUCCCAGGCCAGCGAAGGUUCGUCGCCUUCGAGCAUACCAACGCCAAUGUUCGCGCCAGCUGGCAUGAUGCUACCGCCACCGCCUGCGAUGCCGCCUCCUAGCAGAGAGCUUGCCCCGUCGGAGAUUCCGACCGCAUACCUCGAUCUUGAUCUACGAGUCAUCAGAGCCAACGAGCCGUUUCAAUCGAUACUAGCGGGAGGCCGGAACUUGAAUGGUCAGCAUCUUAGUGUUUUCACUGCGCCGGCAGACGAAGAGUCUUUUCAGGCCAUCCGGAACAAUCUACGAGCGGAACGAGAAUUGAUCGAUCCUACUUUCAUGCCACCCAUACUGGAGCCGGGUCAAGACCCACUGCAGAAUGUCUCGGAAGCUGACUUGGACCGGCUGUCACAACCGUUCGCUGACCGCACAUACACUUGGGCACGCAAUCAACCUGGUGCGCCUGCUGAAGCUUUUCCUGCCCGCGUCAGGCUCGCGAAAGCACAUGUAUAUUUCGUCGCCGUUACACUUCCCACUUUUCGUCCGCGGCCUCCAGCAGCACAAGGCUACGUGUCUCCCACCGCUAUGAGGGCGGAGGCACCGCGACAACCGAUUGCUCAACAACCUCUACAAGCUCCACAAUAUCCGCCGCCGAGCUAUGGCUACCUACCACCGCCUUCUGAGCGAAGCACGUUCGGCCAAGGACCAUCACCAAGUCCUCGCGCUCCACCUCAGUUGGCAAGCCCGUUUACACCCUAUCAAACUCUGCAACCAAGCCAACAGCUCCCUCCACCCUUUCCAGCCGGCCAGCAGCCGACCAUGGAGCUACCUGCACUAGCCUCGCCCUACAUCGGUCGCCCAACAUCCCAGGAGCCAAGCCAACAACGUGAACCCCCCGUCCAGCUAGCACCAUUCCUUGGAGCCUCCGCUGCGCAAACCUCGGCGCAAGCUGGGUCGUCGAGCAGCAGUAGGCCUGAGGAGAGUGCGACGCAGCAGCGAGCAGCAUCCGAUGAUGGUGAUGACGAUCAGGAGACGCCGCGGAAGAAGCGACGCGUGGGCAUUGAAGAUAUAAUACAGUGA